AUGCCUCGCUGUGUGGCGUAUUACUGCUCUGGGCAUGGAUAUGGUCACGCUACGCGCGUCAGCGCCUUUGCGUCUCAUCUACUCUCUCUUCCCGUCGACACACGCCCAACAGUCCAUAUAGUAUCAUCGGCACCCGCUCACGUAUUCGCCGACAGUAUAGCCCUUGGAGCCCAGUACCGCAACUCGCUCAUCGACCCAGUGGUCGUACAACCCGUUGCAUAUCGCAUUGACCGGGCGAAGAGCGUGGAAGCUCUCCGCCUCUUUCUCGACACGAAGGAGGCCCGCGUAGCCGAAGAGGCUGGUUGGCUGAAGACUGUCGGCGCCGACGUGGUGCUCAGCGAUGCGGCGUUUCUCGCAUUUCUCGCAGCAGAUGCGGCUCGAUUGCCCUCUAUCCUGGUCACGAACUUCACCUUCGAUUCAGUGUUCAGCUAUCUCGCGGCUCCCACGAUACAACCCUCGGACGCGAACUUCCCUGAACCCGAUAUCCCAAUACCUGAUGACGCACUUGAGCCUCUCGUGCGGCAAGUGUACGAGGGUUACCGGCGAGCCGAUCUGCUUCUACGAUUGCCUGGACACAUACCGCUACCCGCGUUCGAGGUCAAACCCGCCUUGCCCGCAUCAUCCUGGGUCGACUUCUCCGCGAAGGCGUUCUCACGACAGGUCACCUCCACGCUAUAUCCGCCACAUUCCUAUCCUAAUCCAGCCAUUCAUCCCCCGCUACCCUUCUCAGGGCCAGAUGCUCCUCCUAAACCCCUUCAGCGGACUAUACGAUCUGCGCCUCUCCUUGUGCGCCCACCUUCGUCGGAUGCAUACACGGAUGCGGGACGCACCCGCAUUUUCUCUGCUCUUGGCGUUCCGUCCAAUCUCCAUGAUCCACGGUUCACGAAGGUCCUCAUUGUCAGCUUUGGUGGACAGGUCUUUCAUGUGCCAAAGAGUCGCUCGCCGAGCAGGCCGGCUUCAGUCGCGCUAUCUCCCAAUACGACCAAGGAUGAUGACGACCUCUCGCUCUUCGCGAACGGCAGCACGCCUGAGUCUGCCUUCGCAGGGGAUCUGAGGCGCUCGCUCACAGCGCUUGUCUCCGGAGAGAAGCGCCACUCUUCCCGUUACGGCGGACGGCGCUUGCAACCACCCGUGUUCACUCCUCGACACAUCAACGUUCCUGGUGCACCAGCACCUGCAAGUCUGCCCAACACACCCCGCAAACCGAGCAGAUUCGCUACAUCGCCGUCGAUACAGCUCAUACCAUCUUCGCCCAUGGUCGAGCGCACGAUCUCCAUGUCGUCGGAUGAGAGUGACGAAGCAUACAUACUCCCUGACGACUCGUGGAUCGCCAUUGUUUGCGGUGCGAGUACCGAUGACGCUGCGGACCUUCCGCCAGGGUUCUUCGUCGCACCGCGCAAUGCCUACAUGCCGGAUGUCAUGGCGGUCGGCGAUGUGCUGCUUGGGAAGCUGGGUUACGGCAGCGUUGCGGAGGCCGUGGACAGUUGCACGCCCUUUGUGUUUGUCUCGCGCCCACUAUUUGUCGAAGAACAUGGCUUGCGACUGUAUCUGGACAAGGCGGGCACGGGCGUCGAGAUGGACCGUGUGGAAUACGAGGGUGGUAACUGGGCGCGUGCGGUGGCGAAAGCCUGGGAGAAGGGCGGAAGGAGGAAGGAGAUGCGCAGAGCUGGAGCGCAUGUUGUAGAUCGUGUGAAGGAAGGUCGGGAGAUGGCGCACUACCUUGUGGGAUGGGUGAAGGAAUGGUACAGCAAGGCGAACGCAGAGCGUCCACCCUAA